GUUAAUUUCUCCUGAAGUUCAUCAAAGAACAGUUGAUGAUCUCUGUUAGGAGAGAAGGCUGAAGAAAUGAAGAAAAGCAAGAACAGAUCCCUCCUCUUUUUGCUGGUUUUCCUGAUCAUGAUAUUCAUUGCUUUUUCUACAAUUUCAGUUGAGGCUAGGAAGAACCACAGAAUGAAGAGCAGAAGUCCCAAGAAUCAGAAACAAAGAAGAAGAAGUGACAACAGUGGCAAUGCUCCAGGCCCUGCACCUGCCCCAGCUCCUUACUACGGUUCUUAUCCGAGCCACUCAACCAUUUUUGACAUUCUGUCAUUUGGAGCCAAGGGUGAUGGAAUUUCCGAUGAUUCCAAGGCAUUUCAAGCUGCAUGGAAAGCUGCAUGCAGGGUUCCAUCUGCCACAGUAGAAAUUCCAUCAGAAUUCAGGUUUCUCAUCAGACCAAUAACACUUCAAGGCCCUUGCAUGCCUCAUCUUGUACUUCAGAUAGAUGGGACUCUCUUAGCUCCUCCACAGAUAAGUGCCUGGUCAAAAUCCAGUUUAUUUCAAUGGAUAAACUUCAAGUGGGUACACAACUUCACAAUCCAAGGAACUGGAACUGUUGAUGGCCAAGGUUCAGCUUGGUGGAGUCUCUCCCAAGUCAACUACAUUCAGAAGAGAUCCAAAUAUAUUCCAGAUAUAAAACCAACUGCUCUGAGGUUCUAUGCAAGUUACGAUGUUACUGUUCGUGACAUAACCAUUGUAAACAGUCCUCAGUGCCAUCUAAAAUUCGACAGUUCCGGCAGGGUCAAGAUCAACAACAUUACAAUUUCUUCGCCGGAAACCAGCCCAAACACCGACGGCAUUCACCUACAGAAUACGCGAGAUGUCGAAAUUCAACAUUCCAAUAUUGGGUGUGGAGAUGACUGUGUAUCCAUACAAACAGGGUGUUCUAAUAUUCACAUCCAUCACAGUAACUGUGGCCCCGGCCAUGGCAUUAGCGUAGGAGGGCUAGGGAAAGACAGAAGUGUAGCAUGUGUUUCCAGCAUCGUUGUUGAGAAUAUCAACAUUCAAAACACUCUGUAUGGAGUUAGAAUCAAAACAUGGCAGGGAGGGAUUGGGUCCGUAAAAAAUUUAUCUUUUUCCAACGUUCAAGUCUCCGACGUGAAGGUCCCAAUAGCGAUCGACCAGUAUUACUGUGACAAGAAAUCAUGCCGGAACCAGACGGAAGCGGUGGCCAUAUCCGGCGUCAAGUAUAACCAGAUCACCGGAACUUACUCGGUGCAACCCAUCCAUCUCGCCUGCAGCAACAGAGUCCCUUGCACCGAUGUUGAUCUUGUCGACAUCCAGUUGGAGCAAUCGCCGAGUUCUAGAGGUUUUCAACAGCAGGCACUGUGUUGGAAUUCUUACGGGAAGUCACAAGCUCCCCUUGUUCCGUCGAGCAUAGAUUAUUGCUUGCAGGGAGGGAGAGGUUUGGCCAAGCGACCAGCUACAAGAUCACAUGAGUUCAGUUGCUAAGCUCUAGCUAGCUAGUUCGUUGUAGUUAUGCAUGCUUCCCUUCUGCAAUUUCCACCAUUGUAGCAAGGCGAUGGUUUAGUUAUGUGGGGUGUUGUAAUUCAGUUCAGUUUUAAUUUCAUUAUUCAGAGACAGCAUAUGAUCGAGCAUUUUCUA